GCCAGACACUCUUCGUCUGAGGAGAGCUAAGGCUCCCUGGGGGGCGUAGUUGUGACCUAAAACUCGCGUGGGUUGUGUGCAGGAGGCCGGAACAAGGGAGUAGAGAAGUUAGCAGCAAGGAGGGGCGUCUGGAAUCCUUCCGGGGUCGGUCGCGGACCAGACCAGCGGACAGAAGUCGGAGCGUGCAGCCCGCCCGAGUGAGAAGCGCUGUGGACCGAGUAUUGAAUGCUGAGUAAUGGCUAUGCAAAUGCAGCUUGAAGCAAAUGCAGAUACUUCAGUGGAAGAAGAAAGCUUUGGCCCACAACCUAUUUCACGGUUAGAGCAAUGUGGCAUAAAUGCCAAUGAUGUGAAGAAAUUGGAAGAGGCUGGAUUCCAUACUGUGGAGGCUGUUGCCUAUGCACCAAAGAAGGAAUUGAUAAAUAUUAAGGGGAUUAGUGAAGCCAAAGCUGACAAAAUUCUGACUGAGGCAGCUAAAUUAGUUCCAAUGGGUUUCACUACUGCAACUGAGUUCCACCAAAGGCGGUCAGAGAUCAUACAGAUUACUACUGGCUCAAAAGAACUUGACAAACUACUUCAAGGAGGAAUUGAAACCGGAUCCAUCACAGAGAUGUUUGGAGAAUUCCGAACUGGGAAGACUCAAAUCUGUCAUACGUUGGCUGUAACAUGCCAGCUUCCCAUUGACCGAGGUGGAGGAGAAGGAAAGGCCAUGUACAUUGACACUGAGGGUACCUUCAGGCCAGAACGGCUGCUAGCAGUGGCUGAGAGAUAUGGCCUCUCUGGCAGUGAUGUCCUGGAUAAUGUAGCAUAUGCUCGAGGGUUCAACACAGACCACCAGACCCAGCUCCUUUAUCAAGCAUCGGCCAUGAUGGUGGAAUCUAGGUAUGCGCUGCUCAUUGUAGACAGUGCCACUGCCCUGUACAGAACGGACUAUUCAGGUCGAGGGGAGCUUUCAGCCAGGCAGAUGCACUUGGCCAGGUUUCUGCGAAUGCUUCUGCGACUUGCUGAUGAGUUUGGUGUGGCGGUGGUAAUCACCAACCAGGUGGUAGCCCAAGUGGAUGGAGCAGCCAUGUUUGCUGCAGAUCCUAAAAAACCUAUUGGAGGAAAUAUCAUUGCUCAUGCUUCAACAACCAGACUGUAUCUGAGGAAAGGAAGAGGGGAAACCAGAAUCUGCAAAAUCUACGACUCUCCCUGUCUUCCUGAAGCUGAAGCUAUGUUUGCCAUCAAUGCAGAUGGAGUGGGAGAUGCCAAAGACUGAAACAUUGAGGUUUUUCCUGUGAUAAACCUUAAGUGCUAUAGCCUGAUGGAGAGGACUGCUCCCUGGGGUUCUUCAUAGGCCUCUUCCUGUUUUGACUGCCAGAAAAGGGCUUCUGGAAAAACAGCUAUUGUAUCAGCUUUUCUGAUGGUGUAAACAGGAGACAAGGUCAGUAGUCACAAACUGAUCUGAAAUGUU